GAGCGCCGGGCUCCGACAUGGCGGCUCGCGGCAGGUAGCGGGGGCGCGCGACCCGGCCCGUCCCGGCCCCGCCAUGCACUUCUCCAUCCCCGAGACCGAGACCCGCGCCGGCGACGGCGGCGCCGCCUACGUGGCCUACAACAUCCAUGUGAAUGGGGUGUUGCACUGCCGAGUGCGUUACAGCCAGCUCCUGGGGCUGCAUGAGCAGUUAAGGAAAGAGUAUGGCGCUAAUGUUGUCCCAGCCUUUCCCCCAAAGAAGAUCUUCACACUCACCCCGGCAGAGGUAGAGCAACGACGGGAACAGCUGGAGAAAUACAUGCAGGCGGUGCGGCAGGACCCGACACUUGGAGGGAGCGAGAUCUUCAACAGCUUCCUGCGCAAAGCCCAGCAGGAGACACAGCAGAUACCCACAGAGGAGGUGGUGCUGGAAGUGCUACUUUCCAAUGGCCAGAAGGUCAAGGUCACCAUCCUUACUUCGGACCAGACAGAGGAUGUCCUUGAGGCUGUGGCCUCCAAGCUGGAUCUGCCAGAUGACCUGGUUGGCUACUUCAGCCUCUUCCUAGUGAGAGAGACCAAGGAUGGAGCUUUCUCCUUUGUGCGGAAGCUGCAGGAGUUUGAGCUGCCAUACGUGUCAGUCACCAGCCUGCAUAACCCCGAGUUCCGGAUCAUCCUGCGCAAGAGCUACUGGGACUCCUCCUAUGAUGAUGAUGUAAUGGAGCAUCGUGUGGGGUUGAACUUGCUGUAUGCACAGACGGUGUCAGACAUCGAGCAUGGAUGGAUCCUUGUCAACAAAGAACAGCACCGACAGCUGAAGUCCUUGCAGGAAAAAGUCUCCAAGAAGGAGUUCAUCCGCCUGGCCCAGACCCUCAAGUACUACGGCUAUCUCAAGUUCGACCCCUGCGUCACUGACUUCCCGGAGAAGGGAUGCCAUGUAGUCGUCAGUGCUGGCAACAACGAGCUCAACUUCCAGGUGCGGCUGCCCAGCGAGCAGAUCAAGGAAGGCAGCUUCAAGGUCACACGCAUGCGGUGCUGGCGGGUCACAUCCUCGGUGCCGAUGAGCAAUGGUCCCUCGGGCAGCAGCCCGGCAAAGUCCGAGGUAAAGCUGGAGCUGGCUUUUGAGUAUCUAAUGAGCAAGGACCGGCUGCAGUGGGUCACCAUCACCAGUCCACAGGCCAUUAUGCUGAGCAUCUGCCUGCAGUCCAUGGUGGAUGAGUUGAUGGUGAAAAAGUCUGGAGGCAGCAUCAGGAAGAUGUUUCGCCGGCGCAUGAAUGGAGCCCUGCGGCGCUCAGACAGCCAGCAAGCUGUGAAAUCCCCCCCACUGCUGGACUCACCUGAUGCCUCCAGGGAACCAAUGGCCAAACUCUCGAGCAAGCUUACCUCUGUCAGCCUGCGAGGGAUCAGCCACUCCAGCUCUGCUAAUGAUGUGGGCGCUAAUGACUUCCAUGGCAAUUAUGCCUUUGAGGGCAUUGGCGAUGAAGAUCUGUAGUGUCCCCCUUGUAGGACAGCACCCGCCGAGGGCCUUCGCUGAGGAAUGUAUGACCUGCAGACAGGUUGCAAUCAACGUGCCUCUUACCUGCUACAUCCACCUUUCCCUGCUCCCCUGGGCUGGGGAGCUCACCCCCUGCCCUCCGCUGCCUUUGGGAUGGGGGCAGCUGAACUCCUACUGCUGCUGGCUCCAGCUGGGAGAGGGCCUGUUCCCAGGGUGGCACCAGCUCAACCUGAGCAGCGUGCCCAAGCCGAACCCUGGAGCAGCAUCACGGAGCCUGGCCCAGAGCUGGGGGGCAGAGCUGCCCCUUCCCCAGAGCUGCCCUGCGAGGCUGGGCAGAGCCUGGUGGCACCAAGCAGCCCUCGUGAGACUCCGUAUAUGCCAAAUUAGCAUUUAGGUUUCUGCUCAGAGACAGGCUGCAGUAAACUGUCUCCAGGGGGCUCUGCGCAGAGCCCCCUCUCUAACCCGCUCAUAGACUCCAGUGUAAUCUAGGCUUGUAACCACGUAUCUUCUGCUGCUCAGACCGACCAGAGCAUUAAUGGACAGUAACUGAUGUUUACACACUGCAAUGAUGAUUAAAAUGGAUCCUGAUUGGUA